AUAACUGUCUCACUCCUCUCUUAAAACGCAUUCUUUCAUGUCCUCUGCCCUCUCUUCAGUAGUAGCGAUAUCAAUAUAUUUCCUCUCUUACUGAGAUUGCCAAUGAAGUUGGCCUUAAUAAACAGUUGCAGCAGCAAUUUUAGCUGCUGCCGUCAAAUCCCAAGUUCGAGUUCUAGACGUCUACCCUCUGCAGUCUAUGGUAAUUAUGACAAGGAGCAACCACGAUUCCUCAAGCUUGAGCCUGUUAAUGGACAGAAUGUUGAUAAGUUGCCGUCCAAGAGUAGCAAACUUGAUCUUGCUAGUGCUUUCAUAAACUCUGCUGCAGUUGCCGGUUUGGUUACAACGCCAAUGGCAAAUGCUCUAACCAUGGAGAAUAUGACGGAAACAACAGGUUCUCUGUAUACACUUGCUGAUGGGAGCACGGGAGAUUGGCUUGCAGGCAUCUUAUAUUCAGCUACUCAACAAGCUAAUGUGGCAGUGCAGGACCAGUUGUCAGCUCUCAGUUUUACUAGUUUAUCCGUCAUUUUUGGUGCCGGGCUGGUAACUAGCCUUUCGCCUUGUACACUUAGUGUUUUGCCACUUACUCUUGGUUACAUCGGGGCAUUUGGCUCUGGAAAAAGCAAAACAGAGGUUAUUGGAAAUUCGAUUUCAUUUGCAAUGGGGCUGGCGACUACAUUAGCACUGCUUGGUGUCGGGGCCUCAUUCGCUGGAAAGGCAUAUGGUCAGAUAGGGCAGGGGCUACCUAUAGCUGCUUCCAGUUUAGCUGUUGUCAUGGGAUUGAAUCUUUUGCAGGUAAUCGAGUUACAGCUCCCCUCAUUUUUUGAUAACUUUGAUCCUCGUGCUGCUGCUGCUAAUUUUCCUUCAAGCGUUCAAGCAUAUCUGGCUGGACUCACAUUUGCAUUAGCUGCGUCUCCUUGCAGUACUCCAGUGCUUGCUACCUUACUUGGAUACGUGGCCUCAACCAGGGAUCCAGUGAUAGGAGGCAGCCUCCUGUUGACAUACACGACUGGUUAUGUUGCUCCUCUUCUUCUUGCCGCCUCCUUUGCCGGGGCAUUGCAGAGCCUUCUUUCGUUCCGCAAGUUUUCAGCAUGGAUCAACCCAAUGAGCGGCGCUCUCCUCCUGGGCGGGGGUGUGUACACCUUGUUGGAUAGGCUUUUCCCAGCAACAAUGGCUAUGUAAGCAGCUAUAAAACUACAGUUCACUGGAAACAAGCACACAAGGGAAACUUGUGCUAUGUAAGAAUAUUGCUUGCUUUCUUCCUUCCUUGAGGUUGAUCGGUCGGAGCAGCAGCAGCAACUCCAAAUUCUUGAACAUCUUUGUCCUAUGCAAAGCAGGGGCUUUCAGGGACUGCAGAAUACCAAAAACAUAUAUACAUCAUGUAUUAUAUUCUUCUGCUAAAUUCUUGAAUAGCACAAGUGCUUCUGUAGCUAGGAGCUAUAAAGGAAAAAUGAAAGAACCAACUGCGCCUGUAGGAUGAAUAUAAGUUUCAUGGCUCCACUCCUUUUUCCUGGAUUAGAUUUCUUAUUCAGAAUGCAUCUUUGAUU